AUGCAUUUGCCCCGAGGCGCAUUAAGUUUGCUGUUUAUCACUUGCAUGAUGUUUGCCCUGACAAGCGGCCAUCCAUCAAACGACAAGCUUAAAAUUCGCAUCCAUGUGCCGGUGAAGCAUCACACGCAUGUCCACACCAAGACAAUCAUAAAGAAAGUACCGCUGCCCAUUCCGGUGCCGGUCAAGGAGCAUAAGGAGCCGAAGAAGCAUCAUCGCAGCAGUCACAGCCAUCAUUAUCAUGAGCAGGAUGAGCUCGAUGAUGACUUUGAGGGUUACGAGUAUCCUGUCAAGGCCAAGCGGCGCACGCGGCAUCCUUUUGUCUAA